AUGUCGAUAAUUUCCAAGCCAGAUACACGAUGCAGUGCUCAGGAAGCUGGUUCGCCAAUUGGUUUCCAGCAUCCUUUUGACUUUGCCUUGCUGCGCAAGCUUCACAUUGUAGUUGCCGGUGUAUAUUUUGUGUUUAAUAGCUCUCUUGGAUCUUCAAUUGCAUCUGGAGCCAGCGAUGAGCUUGCCGAUUAUUUCAAUAUCCCUAACGAUGGUAUUAAAAUUGUGCUUCCAACCUCCCUUUACAUGGCUGGUUUUGCCAUUGGUCCUGUGAUUUUCGGUCCCUUGAGUGAACACUUUGGUCGAAAACCCGUUCUCGUAACAACUUUCUCUAUCUAUCUCAUUUUCAUGAUGGCAUGCGCAUUGGCGCCGAACUUUCCAGCCCUUCUUGUCUUUCGAUUCUUCUGCGGAUUGGGAGGAUCAGCACCUAAUGCUGUGCUUGGUGGUCUUUUCUCCGACAUUUACGGAAAUCCCCAUCACCGCGGAUUGGCCAUGUCAUGGUUCAUGUUUGCAACCACUUUCCCGCCACUUUUAGGUCCCAUUAUCUCCGGUUUCAUUUCCACCAUCUCAUGGAGGUGGAGCUUUUGGGCUGGUCUCAUCAUUGCCGCCCCUGGGUUUCCUCUUCUGGUUACGAUGCCUGAGACGUAUGUGCCGGUCUUGCGCCAGAGGAGCGAAAGGCUCGACGAGAAAGAGGGAUAUGUACAGAAACCUGCACAAUCUCUCUCCAACGAGCUGUUCAUCAUUCUCGGUCGUCCUUUCCUCAUGUUCACACGAGAGCCGAUCGUCUUCUGCUGUUCACUUUACCUUGCCCUCAUCUAUUCGAUUUUAUACCUUUACUUUCAGGCAUACCCCAUUAUUUUCCAAGAUUUGUAUGGUCUGUCAGCAGGCAUAGGCGGACUAGCUUUUCUUCCAAUCCUUCCCGGUUCAAUCCUCGCAUUUGUCGUUUUUUUCCUAUACAGCGGAUACCACAGUAAGGCCCUGGCUGCCGGCCACAGCUGGGCAAAAUUGGAAGAAUACCGCCGCCUCCCCUUGGCCUGUGUUGGAGCUCCAGGUAUCCCAAUCGCCCUGUUCUGGCUUGGAUGGUCUGCAAAACUCUCCAUCAGCCCCGUCAUGCCCAUGAUGUCAGGAAUAUUCUUCGGAUUCGGCUAUCUGCUGAUCUUCAUCGCACUGCUCAAUUACCUCACGGACGCGUACAAGCAAUUCUCGGCGUCAGCUUCUGCAGCAGCAAGUACAUUGCGAUCCUCUUUUGCCAUCUUCCUUCCUAUGGCUGCUACCCCCAUGUAUACGAAGCUGGGGAUCGACUGGGCGAACUCGCUGCUCGGAUUCUUUUCCAUAGCAAUCGCCGUGGUUCCAUUUGUUUUCAUUAAAUAUGGUGCUUGGAUUCGGGCAAAUAGUAAAUUUGCACAGCAGGCUCAAUAG